AUGGGGAGCAUGGGGCUGCUCGGGUUGUUCUUGGGCAUUUCGGCGGUCCUGGGGGUCUCCCCUUGGAAUCCAACGUUGGCGGAGCUGCUGUUCUUGAGCCCCAGGACGCAGCUGGACGCGUCCCCCUUCGGCUCGCUUUGGCCGCUGCCUCAGUCGCUGCGCAUCUCCCCGGAGAGGUUCCGGGUGGCGCCCAAUCAGUUUCGGAUCGUCCACGGCCCUGGAUCCUCGGAGGGGCCGGAUUGCUCGUUGUUGCAAGAAGCUUUCCGCAGGUAUUAUGAAUAUAUGUUUGGGCAUUCCAAGUGGCAGAAUCAAGAUGGGGGAAAAUCCCGUUAUGAAACAGAAUUGUCCUCGCUUCAGGUGAUUAUCACUUCAGAGGAUUCCGAAUGUGAUAAAUUCCCUAGUAUUACAUCAGAUGAAGCCUAUCAGCUCCAAGUAUCAAAGCCUACAGCUGUGUUAAAGGCUGGCAAAGUUUGGGGAGUAUUAAGAGGUUUGGAAACUUUCAGCCAGCUAUUACAUGAAGAUGAUACUGGACGUUACUUUGUUAAUGAGUCUGACAUAACUGACUUUCCAAGAUUUGCAUAUCGAGGAAUUUUGCUAGAUACAUCAAGACAUUUUCUGCCACUGAAAGUGAUCCUAACCAAUUUGGAUGCCAUGGCCUUUAACAAGUUCAAUGUCCUGCAUUGGCACAUUGUAGAUGACUCUUCCUUUCCUUAUCAAAGUACCACUUUUUCUGAAUUGAGUGCCCAGGGUGCAUAUUCCCCCAACCACAUUUACACUCCCACUGAUGUCCAUAGUGUCAUAGAAUAUGCUCGGUUACGAGGGAUUAGAGUUAUCCCAGAAUUUGAUACCCCAGGACAUACUCAGUCUUGGAGAAAAGGUAAAAUGUAUAUCCUCACACCCUGCUACAAUGGAAUGCAUCCAAGCGGCUCUUAUGGACCUGUAAACCCCAUUUUCAGUGCAACUUAUGAUUUUAUGAUGAAAUUAUUCAAAGAAGUUAGCACCGUAUUUCCUGAUGACUGUAUCCACUUAGGAGGAGAUGAAGUGGACUUCAGUUGUUGGAAGUCCAAUCCUGAGGUAACUGAGUUCAUGAGAAAGAAAGGAUUUGGGUUCUGGUAUUCUAAACUGGAAUCCUUUUAUGUUGAAAAAAUUCUGGACAUAGUGGCUUCUGUUAAGAAGAAAUCCAUAGUCUGGCAGGAAGUAUUUGAUCAUGGAGCAAAGCUGCAGCCAGACACAAUAGUUGAAGUGUGGAAGAGCUUCUAUCAACUUGAAUUAGCAAAAGUAACAGCACAUGGCCAUCAGGCAAUCCUUGCUGCACCUUGGUACUUAGACCUCAUUAGUUAUGGCGAGGACUGGAAGAACUAUUACAAUGUUGAACCACUGAGCUUUAUUGGAAGCAUGUCACAGAAGGAGCUGGUGCUCGGUGGAGAGGCUUGUCUUUGGGGAGAAUAUGUGGAUGCAACUAAUCUUACACCAAGACUCUGGCCACGGGCAAGUGCUGUUGCUGAGAGACUUUGGAGCAAUAGAAGCGUAACUGAUGUUUCAGAUGCGUAUAACAGACUUGCUCAACAUCGUUGCCACAUGCUUCGGCGUGGAAUUGCGGCACAGCCUUUGUACGUCGGAUACUGCAGCCAUGACUUCAUCUGAUCAGGGAUCAUAGCAAAAGUGCC